GCACCUGACCUGUUGGACCCCAAAUCUGCCACUCAGAACCUGAAGCCACGGCUGUCAUUUUCUACCAAGCCCACUGUACUUGCUUCACGGGAGGAAAGUGAUACAACUAUUAAUGUUAUGAAAUGGAAGACGGUAUCAACCAUUUUUCUAGUGGUGGUUUUGUAUUUAAUUAUUGGAGCUACUGUGUUCAAAGCCCUGGAACAGCCACAUGAAACCAACCAGAGAACCACUAUUGUGAUCCAGAAGCAAAUGUUUGUGUCACAGCAUGCCUGUGUGAAUGACACUGAACUUGAAGAUCUAAUUCAGCAAGUUGUGGCAGCAAUAAAUGCAGGAGUCAAUCCUAAAGGAAAUAUGCCAAAUCAAGUCAGUCACUGGGAUUUGGGAAGUUCUUUCUUCUUUGCGGGGACUGUUAUUACCACCAUAGGAUUUGGGAACAUCUCACCACGUACAGAAGGUGGAAAAAUAUUCUGUAUCAUCUAUGCCUUACUGGGAAUCCCUCUCUUUGGUUUUCUGUUGGCUGGAGUUGGAGAUCAACUAGGGACCAUAUUUGGGAAAGGGAUUGCCAAAGUAGAAGACACAUUUGUUAAAUGGAAUGUGAGUCAGACAAAGAUCCGCAUAAUAUCAACAAUAAUAUUCAUACUGUUUGGCUGCGUUCUAUUUGUUGCUCUUCCGGCAGUCAUUUUCAAGCACAUAGAAGGCUGGAAUACAUUAGAUGCAAUUUAUUUUGUAGUUAUCACCUUAACAACAAUUGGAUUUGGUGAUUACGUUGCAGGGGGAUCAGAUAUUGAAUAUUUUGACUUUUACAAACCAGUUGUGUGGUUCUGGAUUCUGGUGGGUCUUGCAUAUUUUGCUGCUGUGUUGAGCAUGAUUGGUGAUUGGCUAAGAGUUAUAUCCAAAAAGACCAAGGAAGAGGUGGGAGAGUUCAGAGCUCAUGCAGCGGAGUGGACAGCCAAUGUUACCGCAGAGUUCAAAGAAACCCGCAGGCGCCUGAGCGUUGAGAUCUAUGACAAAUUCCAGCGGGCUACCUCCAUCAAAAGAAAGCUCUCUGCAGAAAUGGCAGUGAAUCACAGCCAAGACCUGACUCCUUGCAAAAGAACCUUGUCUGUCAACCACCUCACCAGCGAGAAAGAUAUCUUGCCUGCCAUCACAAAGACAGAUAGCAUUUAUAUGAAUGGCUUGACUCCUCACUGUGCAGCGGAAGAAAUUGCUGUGAUUGAGAACAUUAAGUAG